AGUGUUAAUCAAAAAAAAGCUGAAGCUAAACAUAUCGAUUAUCCAGAUGAAUUUAUAUUAGAAUCAGUCAAAAAAAAAUUAGAUGCGUAUGAUAUUAAAACUUUACCUGAUUGUCAGGCUCUUGCUGAUAUUAUGGUGAUGCUUUGUAUUUGUCCUGCUAAACUUAAAACUUUAUGCAUUACAGAUGCUGGACAUGCUAUAUCAUCUGGACGAAUGGGUGAUACAG